AUGAUCGCGCUUGACGCGGUAUUUACACCGGUAGUGCGUGUACGUUACAAAGUUGAUGGCACUCGUGUUGGCCGCAAUACGAAUCUUGAUAAGCUUGCGCUCACUAUUGAGACGAAUGGUGCAAUCUCGCCUAAAGAAGCUUUUGAAGAAGCGGCCGCUAUCCUUGUAAACCAAUACAAGGCACUCUCAGGCAGUACUACGGUAGAAGCAGCACCUGCACCAGGGGCUGAAGAAGAGGAAGAAUCAAGCCAGCUAAAUACACCUAUCGAAGAGCUGAAUUUGAGCGCGCGAACGGCUAAUGCUCUUGUCAACAACGAGAUUCGCACCGUACAUGAUUUAGUUACACUUAGCGAGCAAGAUUUGCGCGAACUAAAAGGCUUCGGCUCAAAAGCGCUUGAUGAAGUUAAAGACAAGCUAGCGGAAUUGGAGCUAUAA